AAACAAUUCAACAAACAAACUGAGAUAUCCACAUUUACAAUUACCACUGUUAGCUCACAUAAACGUAGAAGCAUGAUGAGAGGAGCUGAUCAGCUGCACUCUGUAGUGGCUGUUACUUUUCUUCUUCUCGCGUCCAUUGCGGCAGCAUUCGACCCAAGCCCUCUUCAGGACUUCUGUGUCUCCAGUGACGACCCCAAGCUCGGUGUGUUUGUGAAUGGGAAGUUCUGCAAGGACCCAAUGCAAGCCAAUGCCGAUGACUUCACAUUUCGUGGCCUCAACAUGCCCGGAAACACAUCCAAUCCGGUUGGCUCAAACGUCACCUUGGUUAAUGUCGAUCGAUUGAAAGGGCUCAACACUCUUGGCAUCUCUUUGGCUCGUAUCGACUAUGCCCCUUAUGGUGGUCUCAAUCCUCCUCACACCCACCCUCGUGCCACCGAAAUUCUUGUGGUGGUCAAGGGCACUCUCCAUGUUGGGUUUGUCACCUCCAACCCUCCCAAGCUCUUCACAAAAACUCUACACGUUGGAGAUGUUUUCGUCUUCCCAAUCGGUCUCAUUCACUUCCAAUUGAACGUGGCCAAUACCAACGCUAUUGCUUUCGCCGGACUGAGCAGCCAAAAUCCAGGCACAAUUACUAUUGUCAAUGCUGUCUUUGGUUCUGAUCCUGCCAUCAAUCCUGAUGUCCUCACCAAAGCGUUCCAGGUGGACAAGAACUUGGUGGACUACCUCCAAAAGCAGUUUUGGAGUGAAAAUUAAUAGAUUAAAAUGAGGAGGCGUCAUGCUACUACAUGAAUCGAGAAUUUGCCAUUUUAUCUGUGUUGUUGUGUAUGACUUAUUAUUUCUUUUUCUAUUUUUUAUCCUUAGUACCUAUACUUCCGAUUUUUGGCUAUUUUCGUUGUAUAUGUUUACAACCACUUAGAAAAAAUUCAAUAAAAGG